GACGGCGGGAGCUAGAGAGGACGAAGGGCUAGAGUGGCCUUGCUAGGGGAGCAGCGGCGGCCCGGACCUGGGCCCCCAGGCGUGCGAGUCGACGGAGGCAACCCAGUACCUUGCUGUUGCCAUGACUGAGGAGUCUGAGGAGACAGUCCUGUACAUUGAACACCGCUAUGUCUGCUCUGAGUGCAACCAGCUGUAUGGAUCCCUGGAGGAGGUGCUCGUGCACCAGAACUCCCACGUGCCCCAGCAGCACUUUGAGCUGGUGGGCGUGGCCGACCCUGGAGUCACAGUGGCUACAGAGACAGCGUCAGGCACCGGCCUCUAUCAGACUCUAGUACAGGAGAGCCAGUACCAGUGCCUUGAGUGUGGGCAACUGCUGAUGUCACCCAGCCAGCUUCUGGAACACCAGGAGCUACACUUGAAGAUGAUGGCCCCCCAGGAGGCAGUGCCAGCCGAGCCACCCCCCAAAGCGCCCGCCUUCAGCUCCAACACCAUCCACUACGAGUGUGUAGAUUGUAAGGCUCUCUUUGCCAGCCAAGAGCUCUGGCUGAGCCACCGGCAGACACACCUCCGGGCCACCCCCACCAAGGCUCCUGCCCCUGUUGUCUUGGGGUCCCCAGUUGUCCUAGGUCCCCCUGUGGGCCAGGCCCGUGUGGCCGUGGAACACUCAUACCGAAAGGCAGAAGAAGGUGUGGAAGGCAUCACUGUCCCCACUGCAGCCACCACUACCACUGAGGUAGUAACGGAGGUGGAGCUGCUCCUCUAUAAGUGCUCCGAGUGCUCCCAGCUCUUCCAGCUGCCCGCCGACUUCCUGGAGCACCAGGCUACCCACUUUCCUGCUCCUGCCCCGGAGGCUGAAGAACCUGCCUUGCAGCCCGAGACCCUGACCCCUUCACCUGCAGAGGUACCGGUGUCUCAGCCUGAUGCCCUGCCAGCCUCUGAUCAUAGUUAUGAGCUGCGCAAUGGGGACACCAUCGGGCGUGAUCGGCGGGCGCGGAAGCCACGGAGGAGCAGCAGCGUAGAGCCGGGGGGCACAGCCACCCAGGAACUCUUUUGCUCAGCCUGUGACCAGAUCUUUCUCUCACCCCAUCAGCUGCAGCAGCACCUGCGGAGUCACCGCGAGGGCGUUUUUAAGUGUCCCCUCUGCAGCCGGGUCUUCCCCAGCCCUUCCAGUCUAGAUCAGCACCUCGGUGACCACAGCAGCGAGUCCCACUUCCUGUGUGUGGACUGUGGCCUGGCCUUUGGCACGGAGGCCCUCCUCCUAGCCCACCGGCGAGCCCAUACCCCAAACCCUCUGCAUUCCUGCCCCUGUGGGAAGACCUUCGUCAAUCUCACCAAGUUCCUUUAUCACCGGCGUACCCACGGGGCAGGGGGCGUCCCUCUGCCCACAACGCCGGUCCCACCCGAGGAGCCUGUCAUCAGUUUUCCUGAACCAGCCCCCACAGAGACCCGAGAGCCAGAGGCCCCAGAGCCCCCCGUGUCUGAGGAGAGCACAGCAGAGCCUGCUGCCCCCAGCACCUACCGCUGCCUCCUGUGCAGCCGCGAGUUUGGCAAGGCAUUGCAGCUGACCCGGCACCAGCGCUUUGUGCACCGCUUGGAGCGGCGCCAUAAGUGCAGCAUUUGUGGCAAGAUGUUUAAGAAGAAGUCUCACGUGCGGAACCAUCUGCGCACGCACACGGGGGAGCGGCCCUUCCCCUGCCCCGACUGCGCCAAGCCCUUCAACUCCCCUGCCAAUCUGGCCCGCCACCGACUCACACACACCGGGGAGCGGCCCUACCGCUGUGGGGACUGUGGCAAGGCCUUCACGCAGAGCUCCACGCUGAGGCAGCACCGCCUGGUCCACGCCCAGCACUUCCCCUACCGCUGCCAGGAGUGCGGGGUGCGUUUUCACCGCCCUUACCGCCUGCUCAUGCACCGCUACCACCACACGGGCGAGUACCCCUACAAGUGUCGCGAGUGUCCCCGCUCCUUCUUGCUGCGCCGGCUGCUGGAGGUACACCAGCUCGUGGCCCACGCGGGGCGUCAGCCCCACCGGUGCCCGUCCUGUGGAGCUGCCUUCCCGUCCUCGCUGCGGCUGCGGGAGCACCGCUGUGCAGCUGCCGCUGCCCAGGCCCCCCGGCGCUACGAGUGCGGGACCUGUGGCAAGAAAGUGGGCUCAGCUGCUCGACUGCAGGCCCACGAGGCAGCCCAUGCCGCCGCUGGGCCCGGAGAGGUCCUGGCUAAGGAGCCCCCAGCUCCCAGGGCCCCAAGAGCCACCCGCACACCAGUUCCUUCUCCUGCAUCCCUGGGAGGUGCAGCCUCCACAGCCCCCGCAGCCCCUGCCCGACGCCGGGGCCUGGAGUGCAGCGAGUGCAAGAAGCUCUUCAGCACCGAAACGUCGCUGCAGGUGCACCGACGCAUCCACACGGGCGAACGGCCCUACCCGUGUCCCGACUGCGGCAAGGCCUUCCGGCAGAGCACACACCUGAAAGACCACCGGCGCCUGCACACCGGGGAGCGGCCCUUUGCCUGUGAAGUAUGUGGCAAGGCCUUCGCCAUCUCCAUGCGCCUGGCAGAACAUCGUCGCAUUCACACGGGUGAACGGCCCUACUCCUGUCCCGACUGUGGCAAGAGCUACCGCUCCUUCUCUAACCUCUGGAAGCAUCGCAAGACUCACCAGCAGCAGCAUCAGGCAGCUGUGCGCCAGCAGCUGGCGGAGGCGGAGGCUGCUGUUGGCCUGGCUGUGAUGGAGACUGCAGUGGAGGCCCUGCCCCUGGUGGAGGCCAUUGAGAUCUACCCUCUGGCUGAGGCUGAGGGGGUCCAGAUCAGUGGCUGAGUGCCCUACUCCCGUGUCGCCACAUGGCAUUGCCGAAGGCCUCUCUAGCUUCCCCUUGUUUGUAUAUACUGUACCCUCUCCCCUCCCACCACCAUGUAAGUGCUGUAAUUGGAUCUAUUCUCUUAGGUGGGUGUUCUGGGGGUCCUUUGCAUAAAGGUGUCCCCCACACACCUAUUUGUUGGCCGCAAAGUGAAGCAGUCAAUAAAGACUGAGUUG